UAGAAAUCCAUAAAUGCAAGGCUUAUCCAUUCAUUUUCCCAAGCUUUCCAGUCGCAAUCAACUCGGUCCGCCUCCUCCUCCUCGUCGGCCGCUUCCCCGCCUUGAUCUCCCUCCAGCGUCGGGAUCAGGGCUGAGAUGCCGGGCGACGACCAGCCCUCGCGGCUUUUCCACGAGCUAUGCGCCCUCCUCCUCGCGGUCCUCCACACCCCCCACCUCGCCCUCCCGCCCUCCGAUGCCGACGCCUCCCCGCCAGCGCCGGCACCGACGAGGCAAGCGCGGCCCCGGGCCCAGAUGUCGCCGGCAGGGUUCGCCUCGCUCCUCCUCGGGGCGUCGUUGGCGCUCAUGCUCUGCGGCUCCGUCACGUUCGUGAUCGGGUUCAUCAUGAUGCCCUGGGUGGUCGGGCUCGUCAUGCUCUUCUACUUCGUGGGGAUCCUCUCGAAUCUGCCCGGGCUGGGUAGGGCUAUCGUUUAUCCCGGUAGCGACCCCUCGAGCCCCAAGGAAACGUCAGAUGAGAUAUGAACCUGAUGAUUCAAGUCACAAGACAUAUGCUGAUCGGCCUGCCUUCGGCUCUUAGAUAUCACCAUAGGUGUAAUGUAUCUUUAUUUCAUUUUUAGUCAUGAUUUUUUCCCUUGACCAUAUCUUGGAUACUAUAUUUUUCAUGCACGCGAAUCAUCUUUUUUGUUCUGAUUGCUUUGAAGUUGUUUGUGUUAACAAGAUUAAAGCAUAGCCAGUCUUGUAUGUUAUACUAUUCCUUUUAUAUACAAUUGAUGGGUAAAGGCAGCAUUCACCAAACAUAUUCAAUUUAUGAGAUUCAUGACAAAGUUGAUUUGCAAAGAGUUGAAGUUUCUAUUCGCAUAUAUUUCUUAUCAUUUUAUGAAGCAGUGUUUUGUACGGUGAAAAUCAAACAACUCUUCUUGAAGCUAAUCCUCCUACUGUGGUUUGUGUAAUUUACACAAGAAUGAAACUUAGGGAUAGAGCUAACAAGAGAUCUAUGUAAGUCUUCGUAGACUAACAGUAGACAUAUAAUUGUAUUACUUUGGCAUUCAGGUAGAUUUUCAAGUUUGGUUCAAAUUAUUGGACUAUAUGUUGAUACACUCACUUUACCCUCUGGAAGUCUGGCCUCAAUUUGGCAGCCUAUAUUUUCCGCAUCCUUCAGUGUUUCAUGUGUGUGUUGUCAACUUUGAAAUAUAAAUACUAUAAAAUUGAGGUCUUUCCAAGAAUCUCAGUUCUUCUAAACUUGAAUGUCCAUAAAAAAUAUUUAAAUUAAUGCUUUUCCCUUAUAAUGAAUU